UACAAAUUUUAGUUAUUUACCUUUUACUUUACGAACAUUAUCAACAGAUAAAUUAUAAACGAGUAAGAGUGAAAACUGAAAAUAAAUUAUAAUGCCUACGCCGAAAAUAAUUCGCUAAAAACAAUUUAAUUGGUUAUACAUGCAUAGAAACGAAUUAAUUAACCCCAUUAUAACGAAGGCCGUGUGUUUUGAGUUGUUUUAAUUUGUACACUGUAUAAAUGACAAAUGUGCACAGCGAUGUGUGCACUACUGCACUAGAACUACAAUACGAGUACAUACCGAUACCGUUCCUGGCGUUCGGGCGCGGAAAACCGCCCGGCCGUUUGGUUUUUUCGAAAUAAUCCAAUCCAAAUAUUUAUAUUAUUUUCAUAUUCUGAACAUUUGUGUUUAUAUUUUUAUAUUUUGAAACAUAAUCUUAACAACACAUUACCACUAUUGCCUUAAACUGAUUACAGGUAGGUACUUAGUGUCGUUAUUAUGAUUUAUGUUUUCAAUUUUUCUUAAGUUUGGAUAGGUAGUGCACUCGUGCACGUAUACACGAGCCCCCACUAUAGAAAAAUCCUCAAACUCGUAUUAGUCGUAUUGAAGAUCACGAGCGCUUAUAAAAAUCGGGACCAUCAUUUUAACGACAUUCUAUAUGGCUAUAUUGACAAUACAAUAUUAUGGAUAAAUAAUGUAAAGGGACCUGUGUAAUAAAUUCUGGGUAUUGAAUACGAAAAGAAAUAGUAAUAAUGAAGAGUUACUUUUUAUUUUCUUUCAAACGAAACGUGUAUGUAUAUGUUCUGUAUAAUAUAAUGUUAUAAUGUCGUUUGCCUUUCAAGGAACGUGUCGAAUGCGUCUCGGUGGGAUUUCAGUAUUUCACCCGCAUUGUCGUAUAGCUAAACCGUAACCUUGCGAUGAACGAUACACUGUUAGACCGCCUAGCCAAUGACCAUCGCAGUCAACCCCCUCCGGAGUUUGCUCACCGACUGGCAACGCUACGCCGCGCCACCACCGGUAUCCGUGUCACGAACAAACAGACGCCGCUUCACCGUCCGCCAUUUCGUCUUCGUUAGUGAAUCCGGACUUAUGCGGUGCGCUCUUGCCGUUCGUGGCGUCCGACGAUUUCUGCCCACGUGUUCAGACUUCAAUAAUAAUUGUGAUUGUAAUAAACUGUUCCGACGUCCAUCAUUAUUGUGCACGACAGACGAUUCAUUUUUUUUAAUUACACGUAUUUCCAUUUAUCCACGGCAAGACCCGGAUCGUUUCGAUAUUUGCGAAACCCUGAACAAGGACGAACGGACCGCUUACCAACUAUGACAUCAGCUCUAGAUCAUGUAUCAAGGAGAUGGAAGAAGACUACACAUUUAAUAAACCAUACCAGAAGAUGAAAUUGCUGUAUCAUAUGGAAUGUGUCGAAUGUGUCGAAUGUGUUUCGGUGGGAUUUCAGUAUUUCACCCGCAUUGUCGUAAAGCUAAACCGUAACCUUGUGGUGAACGAUAACACUGUUAGACCGCCUAGCCAAUGACCAUCGCAGUCACCCCCUCCGGAGUUGGCUCACCGACUGGCAACACUACGCCGCGCCACGAACAGACAGACGCCGAUUCAACAGCGUACAGCCGUCACUUCUUUAGUGAAUCCGGACUUGUGCCGUGCGCUCUUGCCGUUCGUGGCGUCCGACGAUUUCUGCCCACGUGUUCAGACUUCAAUAAUAAUUGUGAUUGUAAUAAACUGUUCCGCCGUCCAUCAUUAUUGUGCACGACAGACGAUUCAUUUUUUUUAAUUACACGUAUUUCCAUUUAUCCACGGCAAGACCCGGAUCGUUUCGAUAUUUGCGAAACCCUGAACAAGGACGAACGGACCGUUCCUCAGAUCACGCCACAAGUCAUCGUUCCUGAUGAACAGCCACAACAUGCUCAGAUUGAGAUUGCGCCGCAAAUCUUCGUUCCCGAUGAACAGCCUGGGACGUCGAACCAAUGCUCAAUAAAUUUAUGGGACGAUGGCAUCAAUGAAAUGGAAAUGGUCAAAGCAGUGGACAAUUACGAAAAAAACGAAGAAAAAUUACGAAAAACCAAACGCAUGAGAAUGAGCACUACGACAUCGGGAUUUCGAGAAGUCGCUUCAGCAUUUAAUGGUAUGUGCAAAAAUUUUUUUAAAAAAAAUGUAGAAAAUAUUAAAGACUACGAUACAUUUUUGGAGUUUUCUAAAUCUAGUAUUAGGGAUUUGCUUUAUAAUAAAGUCCCCAUAAAAUAUAGUAUUAAAGUUGAAGCGACGUAUGAGAUCCCCAACACUCAAGUGAAAGAAAAUAGGUCAUUUAAAACAUUAUGCACCUCGCUGUUCUUAGCCUCGGAUAUUGAUAAAAAUAUAGACGCAGAUUUUAUUAAAAUCAAACAAGAGGAAAAUGACAUGAUGUUAAAAGGAAGUGGUUUUUCAUUACUCAGUAUUGAUGGUAUUCUAAUUAAUGUAAAUAAAUAUACGCCAAUAGGAGGUUCCUCAUAUAUACCUUUACCUGCAUGUAUAGAGAGAAAAAAAGCAACUAUCAACGUGCAGAACACAGAUGAAAAAUAUUUCAAGUAUAGCAUCUUAGCUAAGCACGUAUGCACGUAUAUGCACCCAAUACAUGCAGAAAGAAUAACAUCAAAUUAUAGUGAAGUUGAAAAUAUUUAUGAUUUUUCUGGUUUGACUUUCCCAGUAUCAUUAAAAGAUGUUGAAAAAUUUGAAAAAAAAAAUCCUGGAGUUUCAAUUAAUGUUUAUGGAUUGAAAACUGGAAAGCUGUUACAUAAAAAUAAUGUCAAAAAUAAUGGUAAAUUUAAACAAAAAUUCGAACAAACAAUCGGAUACCCAAAAAAAGUAUGUGAGGAAGAAUUGGAAGAUCACCAUGAUUUAUUAUUGAUCGGAGACGGCAUGGGUAAAAAACAUUAUUGCCGAAUAAAUAAUUUAUAAAUUAUAAUUAUGUCAUGUGUUUAUGCAAACGGUGUUUUAAAAGUUAUUCUGGCUUGAACGCUCAACAUAGACUCAAACUUCAUAAAAUUAAAUGCAAUAAAAAUAAACCCAUCACCCCAAUAUUACCUACCCCGAAAUCUAUCAUGAAAUUUGAAAAUUGGAACCACACACAAAAACAUCCAUUCGCCAUUUACGCAGAUUUCGAAUCGAUAUUGAGAAAGGAAAACGAUGUAGACGAUGUGUCAAAUACACGGAUAAUUCACCACCACGAUUUAAUGAGCUAUUGUUAUUAUGUUAAGCCAUAUGACGAUAUGCCACAAGAAUUAUUAGAUCAAUACGAAAUAGAGACGGGACCAGUUAUUUUCAGAGGAGAUUCUAAUUCAAACAUAGGUGAUGUGGCGAAGAAAUUUAUAUAUGAAAUUAUUGAAGUAACUAAAAAAAUAGAAAAAUUACUGAAUACAAAUAUUCCGCUUACGAUGACUGCUGAAAAUAACACCACUCACCGGCAAAUUGCGGACCGUGGAAUAUGCCCGUUGUGUAAAGUUAAAUUUAGUAGCAAUAACUUACCUGCAAGGGAUCAUGACCAUCUAACCGGGAAGUAUAGAGGUACGAUGUGCAAUAAAUGUAAUUUAACAAUGGUGAAGCCAAAUUUUGUACCGUGUUUCUUCCACAACCUUUCCGGUUAUGACGCGCAUUUUCUUAUAAAACAAUUAGGUUUCGAUACAAAAUUAAUAACAGUAAUACCGAAUACAGAAGAAAAAUUAAUAUCGUUUAGUAAAUAUGUUUCCAAUUCUUUCCAAUUACGAUUUGUUGAUACUUUUCGAUUUAUGGCGACAAGCUUACAAAAAUUAGUCAAUAACUUGGGUAAAGAAAAUACGUCGAAAUUUAAAGAGACCGAAAAAAUAUUUUCAUCAAAUGAUAUGGAUCUUGUGACACGGAAAGGUUUCUAUCCUUACGAGUAUACCGACUGUUGGGAAAAACUUGACGAAACUGCGCUACCGCCAAUAGAAAAUUUUUAUAAUAUACUAAACGAAGAGCAUAUAAACAUCGAGGACUAUGAGCAUGCGAAAAAAGUUUGGGAUCGAUUCAACUGUACUACUCUCGGCGAAUAUAGUGACUGCUAUUUGAAAGUUGACGUGAUGUUGUUGGUUGACGUUUUUGAAAACUUUCGAAAUUUAUGUUUGAAGACGUAUGGAGUGGAUCCAAAUUAUUAUUAUACUGCGCCAGGAAUGUCGUUCGACUGCAUGCUCAAAUAUACAGAGGUUGAGCUGGAACUUUUGUCGGAUUAUGAUAAAAUUAUGAUGUUCG